UUAGUUGCUCAUCAUCACCUGCUAGCUUCACCAUUCAUCAAGUCCAUCCGAGAGGCUAACCAAAUCGUCUUCCCCUUCAUCGAUCACAAGCAGCAGGUUUUUAGGAGGAGGAAUGGUUUUUCGUUCUGGCCGGCAUGCACUAUUGCAAGUCAGCGUGCCAACAGCCAAGAGAUAGCAGAAGGGUUUAAACAUUGGUAAAAGAAAUAAAAGAACUAACCGAGCCGUAUACUUUUUCAUUGAGCAUGGGAUAUUUGUGGGUAAAGUAAUUAUGUCGGUAAUUAGAGGGGGGGGGGUCUAAUCUAUAUUUUUUUAGCUAAACAGGUCAAUUUAACUCUACGUAAUAACUUUGCUUCAACAAAAAUGGUGGAGUUGUGAGACCAUCUAAGGCCUCCGAUUCUUUUGGAACAAAGGAAAAUUGAAGGAAUUAAAAUUCUAUUGGAAUUUUUUCUAAGUGGCCAUUUGGAUUAAAAGACUGAGUUCUUAUAAAAUUUCUAUGGAAUGGCCCAUUAUUGUAGUGAGAUUUUGGAGGAUUUCUAACAUAAGGUUCAACCUCUUGGAAACUUUUAUUUGUGUCUCUCUUUUCUAAUUCUUGUAUUCUUCCUAUGUUGCAUCCAAAUGCUCUAUUAUAAUUUUUUCUGUGUUUUUAAUUCUUGUAUGACUGUAAGUGUCAUAAAACUCUAUUGCUACAUUUUCCUGUUCCUUUGUUUUUAUCAAUCCUGCAUUCUAAAGAAGGCAUGGCAUUCUAGGGUUUUGUGGAACUAAUCUACAAUGGAGUUUGUGGAAUAGUCUUAAAUACUCCAUCUGUCCUUAAGUAAAUCAAUUUCUAGACUUAUCUUAAGUCAAACCUUUUUAUGUUCCACCAAAUUAACCUACAAAAGAGUUAAAUGCUUGAGCAGAUUUUGAACUUAUCAAGUAAUUAAUGUGUAAUUCAGAUUCACAAACUUUGCAAACACAUUUUAAAGUCCCUAAACUUAUUAAGUGGUUGACAGCACACCCCUACUCAUAAAAAUGGUGCAUUGCGGGUCUAUUUUCUGGAGCAUACGGACCACGUGCUAUGAUUCACCAUUUAACAAGAUCGAAGACCUAAAAGUCUUCGUCGAUGCAACAAUCCUCGGCCGCCUCGAUGGCAAUGGAGGAAGACGACGACUACGAGCCGCCGUUGAUGGCCACGUACAAGCAUCUGUUGGACAGUCACCCGCACCGACAACUGGGCGCCGGCGCCGCGCAAGACGACGAGGAUUGCUUCCUCCUCCCGGUGAUCGACCUUUCCAGCCUCCUGCCGCCGGUGCAUCAUCGCAAGCAGUCAUCAUCAGCAGCAGCUGCAGAGCAGUGCCGGGCGUCCAUCGUGCGCGCCGCCUCCGAGUGGGGCUUCUUCCAGGUGACCAACCACGGCGUGCCGCAGGUUCUGCUGGACGAGCUGCACCAGGCGCAGGCCGGCGUCUUCCGCCGGCCCUUCCAACUCAAGGCGCACCAGCCGCUGCUGGACUUCUCGCCGGAGAGCUACCGCUGGGGCACGCCCACCGCCACGUGCCUGGAGCAGCUCUCGUGGUCCGAGGCCUACCACAUCCCCACAACGACGACCACGACCGGUAACGACGACAAGACCCGGCUAGUGGUCGAGGAGGUGUCGACGGCGAUGUCGAAGCUGGCGCAGCGGCUGGCGGGGAUCCUCGUCGCGGAGCUGGGCGAAGACAGCGCGGCGGCGGUGGUGUCGCGGUGCACGCGGAGCACCUGCUUCCUGCGGCUGAACCGGUACCCGCCGUGCGCGGCGGCGGCCAGCGGCGUCGUCUACGGGCUGUGCCCACACUCGGACAGCGACUUCCUGACCAUACUCCACCAGGACGGCGUCGGCGGCCUCCAGCUCGUCAAGGACGGGCAGUGGGUAGCCGUGAAGCCCAGCCCCGGCGCGCUCAUCGUCAAUGUGGGCGACCUCCUGCAGGCGUGGAGCAACGACCGGUACCGGAGCGUCGAGCACCGGGUGAUGGCCAGCGCCACGAGGGAGCGGUUCUCCGCCGCCUUCUUCCUGUGCCCCAGCUACGACACGCUCAUCCGGCCGCGCUGCGGCGCCGGCGGACCUCCUCCUCGCUAUGAGAGCUUCACCUUCGGGGAGUACCGGAACCAGAUCAGGGAGGACGUCAGGCUCACGGGCCGAAAGCUCGGCCUGCAACGCUUCCGCAAAGCAGAGUAGUGGACUACUAUAAUGUUGGGCUUCAAUAUACUUAUUUGAUAACUACAAGUGACAUAGCAUAUAUAUAAGUAAGUAUUAUGAGCCCAGUAGUCUAAAUGGGCCUCUAGAAAAAAAUAUAGGGUCCUUAUUAUCUGGUGUAUAAACGAACCAACCACCUCAGCUCACACUACCUCUUGUAAUCUUUUAAUUAAGCAAUUAGAUUAUUGCUCUCCAUGUAUAUUUGGAAAUGGAGAGGAUAUAUGAAGGAAUGUACAUAGAUAUGGCUCUAGCUA